CCCCCUCCCAGCUCCCAUUCCAGCCAUUCUCAUCGACGUAGUGUGUUAACACGUUUUUGGCGGUCAGCACUCCUGACGACGCAACAAAACCCUCUCAAAACUCCCUCUUUUGGUCCGUCUCUUCUCUCCGUGUCCGGUUGCUCGGCGCAUGAUUCCUCUGCCUAGGCGUACUCCACGCGAUGGCCCGCGGCAUCCAGAGGAUGUCUGGAUGCACAGCAAACACUCACGUGAGGGCAAAGAAGCAGCGAAAUCAGAAACGCCGUUGCUAACCGCACCGCACCCAUCCCUCCGUGUCGAUGCAUGAGUGCACCAGUCAGUCACGCCAGGCAUGUGUCGAUAAACAGAAGCCCUCACAAAUACGACCGACUGACCACUGAGCAUGUGGGUGGGUGCGCCAGUCCGCACCACAAGAUCGUGCUGCCCCACGUCUGUUACUUGGCCAGCUGUCUUGAGGCAAUCAAGGACGUGCUCAAAUGAAGUUCCCAAGGGUGCAUCCUCGAGACCUUCAUUCAGCCACCACCCUCACCGCCACCAGACAGCAGGCCCGUUGACAACCAGCCAGGAAGGAAACAGGAAGGAAACAAAACAGAAUAAAAUGGUGAAAUGGACAAGCGCGUAUGGCGAAGUUAGGAUGCCCAUCAGCAGGGCGUUUACAAUGAGUAUGUGAGUGGGUGGGUGGCUGUGGGUGUGGUGUGUCCGUCUGCUUUGCCUGUCCCAUUGCAGGAAAGAGGCCGCCAUGAGACCGACCGCCUUGCUCGCCACCCACCCACCCCUGCAAGCAUCCAUCCAACAGAGAGGGCCAUGAAUGGCAGGUAGGUACGUCGAAUGAAUCAAUGGAUAAAGAGCAGCUGUGUAGCACUAGACACUGUACACAACACAGCACGUUGCACGACAUAGAUGGGGCCAAAAAGCGGCCCCGGCACCUCAAGACAUCGACCUUCGGUACCGCAACCACACUGCAGUGUGCAGGUACACGGGCACGGGUACCUGUUGCAGUUCGUCGGCGGCGCCGAAGUCAGAUAUCUUGAGGCGGGCCGGUACAAGACAUCACACCGCAACAUAGGACAAUACAGGAAGGAGAGACGGCACAGCAGGGCAUCCAUGCGUCUGUCUUGUCAUCUGCCUGCGCAUCCAUCCAUCCAUCAGGAAUGCAGGCACCCGCCCAUCGUUUCUCCCAUAUGAGCGACGCGCAAUCCGGACACACCACCUGAGCGUUAACGCUCUCUCUCCCCUCUCUCUGCCCUCCCCUCACCCCUUUGGCCCACCCGCCCGAGCAGUAAGUAGUAAGUGAACCCUGCCUCACGUAUGAAUGUCUGUACGUAUGUAUGUCUGUAUCCAUGCAUGCAUGGCAUGCAUGGCUCUCCCUCCCUCCCUCCCUCGUUUGUCGUUGGUUGAUUCGUUUGGUCGCGUCCCAUUCGGACACAGACCCACACGAUAUCACGACAGACAGACACCACACGCAUCACGCAUCACGCAUCACGCGACAGCUGACCCGACCGCCCCCUCCCCCCUCCUCCCCUUCUCGAGUGCCGGCAAAAGCUUUAUCCGCACGGCAGCCAUCAACCGACCUCGACGAACAUGAACACCACACGAACGGGAACGCAAGAUGGUGAGAGAGAGGUAGAGGGGGGGGGGAGAGGUAGAGGGAGGGAGAGAGACGGAAUGGUCACAGGCAGGUGGUGGGUGAGGUAGGUGGUUGACGAUAGAGGCCCGAAAACACACCUAAAAACAAAGCGAAAUCCUCCUUUCCCCUCCCGUCCAUCCGUCCGUCCGACCACAGGUGCCUCAGUGCUUCCUGUCUGUCUUUUUUCAUGGCAGAUCGACUGCCUGUCUGCCUGCCUGACGGCUGACUGAGUGGAUAGGUUUCCGACAGACAGACAGACAGACAGGCAGACAGACCAGACAGGUACACACUUUCGCGUACCGUCAAUUAGCUGAGGCAGGCACCGUAAAGCACACGACGCCACACGACACGAACCGACGACCAACCGACAAACCGACCAUUAGCACGCGGCACCCGGCAACGAUGCUCAUCUUCCUCUCCUUAUCGCCCUUCUCUCCUCAGCUGGCUUGGGUCUCGCCUCUCGUCUAUCUCCUGUCACGCCGUGUGAGUAUGGGAGUGGACAUGUCUGUGGGUAUGACAUGCCACACAUACCCACGCCAAGUGGCAAGAGAGAGAUGAGAGGGGAGCACCAAGAAAAGGUGAGCGACUCGCAGGCACCUCCCCCGCCGCUUUCCCACCCCACACGACCACCACGAGUGUACACCAGAGCAGAUACGCGGACAGUCGAUAAAGCGGUAGCAUACACCCGCCCGUAUGGGCACACAGGCGCACACUCACACACGCACACACACAGACACACGACAGCAUCCCGUCCCGCCUCUCUUAUUGAAAGCCCCUUCCCUCCUCCCCUUAGCUAGACCACCCCAUCCGACUUUAAGGGGUGGUUCCGACAGCGAAGCUGAUGGGUGACGAGAUGGGCGAGAUGGACGGCGAUUCGUUGCCCACCUCGUCGCCCAUCUCAGUGCUGUACUCGCUGUCCGAGCCCUCCCCGCUGUGUCCCAUGAUCGGCAGCCGGGGGGACUCGUCACUGUGUCCGGUGGAGGACACGUCCACGGCGGCCUUGGACGAGCUGUGGGCGUGGUGGUGGUGAUUGCCUCUGCGGCAGCGCCGCAGAGCAGAGCGGAAAGACGCCGACCGUACCAGGUUGGAGACGCCCCCACACCUGGCCGCCCCGCCGCCCUCCUUCUCCCGCUGUGUGUCGGUCAUGUCUGAGUAGCUGUUGCUCUUGCCGAGGAUGAUGUCGACGGCCAGGAGUAUCUCUUUGACCGUGUGUGGCUUGGACUGUGGGUGGAAUGACCCUUCCUCGGGGAUGUCCCGCAGCACCGGCGGGAUGGACGACCGACGCUGGGAGCGGCGGAACGGCGGAACGCACGGAGAGGGAGACGCCUGCACCACACACAAGACGCACCCCAGAGACCGACACACAGGGGUGAGACACCAGUGUGUGUCUGCCAGUGGGGGGGUGAGAGACUCACCUCUGAUGGCUUGCCGCUGCUGCAGCCCUGGCCGCUCUGCGAUCGUGUGAGGGCCUUCUUAACGGAGGCGACGGCGGUCAGGAAUACGCCGGGUCCGUAGAGACUCUCGCGACAGAGCACCGAGCACGCCGACCGCCGCCGCUGGCAAAACUGACAACUACUCUCCCACCGAUGACGGCCGUCCUGACAUCACGUAAACACACAGAACGGACAGCCACAGUCACACACGAUGCGAUGUCAGCACCGCACCCUCCCUAGGGCCGUGUCAUCUGGUGUGCGUACCAGGGAGCGUCCGCACGGCAGCCGCGCGAGUGACGAGGUGACGCUGGCCUCGCACAGGCGGCACCUGUGCUCAGUGAAGCGAUGGGCCAUCUCGCAGCAGUCCCUACGCAGCGGGGGGUAUCUCGGGCGAUGUUCAACGUAUCUGAGGGAUCACAACGGCGAUACACAGCAGAGGUGGGAGGUAUCGGCGGAGGCCUCAGUGAGGCGAGAGGGCGUGUGCGGGCGUUGCGGCCACCCACCUUGCGCAGUUGGAGCGUUGACGGAUCUUUCACACAAGCAAGGGUGAUAAGGGCCUCAGCAUCAUGGCAACGCGAUGAUAAUGCUCAUACACCAAAGGGAUAUUCUUCGCGACGCCAAUAAUCCUCCGGUCCUGUGUAGGGUGCUCUUGCGCGAAACACAAUGCGAGCUUUUCGUGUUGAUCUUCUGCUGCAUCUCUCCCUGGUCUGCCUAUCGCUGAGUGCGUGCUUUCAAUGAUCUGAGCCUGUUGAUCCAUCUAAUCAGCUUUCCAAUGUUCCCAGCAGCGUCCCUUGUUGCCUUUGCAGUGGCACUUCCUGCCGUUGCCGCCGCUUUCGUGGCUCCGGCACACCCAU